UUGUCAGACUUGAAAUCCGAGGGAGAGGAGCGAGCCGCCAUUUUCUGUGUGACGCUCUCCCUAAAACGGCAACAAUAAAAACGGAUUGCCGUGGAAAAUACAUAACAAAUCGUCGAUAAAUGGCGUUGGGAAACAAUACCAAUUCAACCGCAUUUGAAAUAAACUCGAUUGAACAUUAAUAAUUGCAGAGAGAGAGAGAAGAGAGCAAGCUGACUCGGUUCCCCAAGUACGCGUUGUUUCGCCCAUUUCGUGAUUUCGGGAGUAACACGGGGUUACCCAAUUUGGAUCGCACGAGACUGAUUUUGUGAAGAGGCAUUCUCGAAUUAUUUGUUUUUCAACAUAUUUUGUUUCCUUGAUGAAAUUACUAUCAAAGUGCGGGAUUUGUUUCUAAAAAUUUAACCGGAUCGGCUCCUCGUCACGUGGCUGUCCUCUGGCGAGGCGGUAGGUGGGUGGUGUGGAGCUGGCCUCGGCACCGGGAGAGGCCCCCUCGCCCGCCCCCUCCCUGUGCUGCAUGGCUGCGAUGGCGCCCGCUCUAACCGACGCGCCGGCCGAAGCUCACCGCAUCCGCUUCAAACUGGCUCCGCCCUCCUCCAACCUCUCCCCGAGCGGCGUGGAGAGCAGCGGAGGCACCAGUCACAUCCUCGUCUCCAGCAACGGCACCGUCAAGCGCAAGGCCCCUGAAGAGCGCGGUCCCCACGGGGGGUCCAUCACAGGUAAGGGGAGGGAGGACUCGCCGCGAGGCAACGAGGCUCCUUCCACACCUCUUGGGAAAUUACAGCCGCUGGUGGCGUCGUACCUGUGCUCGGACGUGACGUCCGUUCCCUCUACCAAGGAGUCACUGAAACUGCAAGGCGUCCUGCUGCAGAAACACGGCCUUCUGCCCAGCUUCCUGCCCAGGAAACACAAGACACUGGAGCUGUCAGAGGAGCAGCUGAAGAGCAUCAUGAGUAACAGCAGAGGAGGUGGUCCCCCUGCCCUGUCAAGCUCGCCGCCACCGGUCAACGGCGUGGCCAAGAAGUUGGCUAAAAACGGGGCGGACCGUGACCGGGACAGUAUGACAACAGUCAAUGGAGGUAAUAACAGGCCUCCUGCUGGACAUGGACUGGACUCCCCAGUGCACCAGCCCCAACCCCACACAGCUGCCUCUAGAGGAAACUCUCCUCUUAACGGGGGAGGGCAGCACCAGCAGCCCACAGGACUGUCCUACAACCCUGCUGGAAACACUGAACAGCCAGCAGCCCCCGCAGCCUCCACCAACACCCCCAUGGACUGCCCUGACAGCAAACCCUCAGAACGGCCACCAUCGCUAGCCACGGACACAUCAUCCCUUUCCCCAACGGACCGACAGACCUCUCUGGGCCUGGGCAGCCUUGGAGUGGACGUUAAGGAGAGGACUCAGCAGAGCCAGAGCCGGCAGGGCGAGAUCGAGGGGCGUCUGCGGCGCCUGAGGAAGCGCCUCCAGGUGGUUCAGGCCAAGCAGGUGGAGCACCAUGUCCAGCAGCAGCUGGGGGGGCUCCUGGAGAGCACCCUGGGACCACUGGAUGCCCUCCGACCUGGCGGGAGACGAGGAGGCCAGGACGCCCCCCUCACCCCGCAGGAGAGGGAGGGGCUUGGGCGAUUCCUGAAGGACGGCUCUGUACCGGCGGAGCUGGAGCGCUUGUCUCUCAGCGGAACCACCAACCUGAGGUCCACGGAGAGUGCCUUCGACUCGGACGCCACGGAGAGCAGCUCCGGAGGAGAGACUGACGUGGAAGAGGACGAGCUCACCAGGGUGGACAUCGAGCAGCGACACAUCUCUCUAUGGAGACGUGCGGAGGGGCGCUACGCGGUGGAUAGGGCCUCCAUAGUCAGCCACUGGAACUGGCUGCAGGCCCACGUGUCUGACCUGGAGUACCGCAUCCGCCAGCAGACGGACAUCUACCGCCAGCUCCGCUCCAACAAGGGUUCCAUAAUGCUGGCAGAGACCUCCCUCUUUGACGUGUCACCCGAGGACAGGAAGGUGAAGGCGGAGCCUGUUGGUUGCCCUGUAAUGCAGGAGUGCGGCUCAGACGGUGGGGCGGAGGGUCCUGGAUCCGUGGAAACGAGCCCGAGGAAAGGGUGCGCGUCCGGGAGACAGGUCAACGGGAUCAUCAACAGCCUGCGGCCUGUCUCUCCCGAGGGUUCUGACCCGGAAGAGCAGCUGAGGAAGCAGCAGCAGAACCAGCCCUUGCCCCAGCUACUGUGCUCCCCUCAGGAUGACACGUGUGUGUCGGCCCGAACACGGCCCCUCCUCAGCUGCAAGAGACGACGCCUCGUCAGGCCCAGCACCGUCACCAACCUCAACCGCAAGGGCCAGAGGCUGAGCGUACCGGGUCCUCGCUGCGGCUGCGAGGUCAACCCCCAGUGUUUGACGUGUGGUGGCCGCACCCUCUCCUCCUCUGACGUCCAGUAUGAGCGUCCUCUACUGGAGAGGCUGUCCCAGUUUGACCCCUGCGUGCACCCCAUCCUCUCCCUCACAGACGACGUGGCGAUGAGUCUGCACCUGCAGCGCGUCCUCAAGUCCCACUGGAACAGCCGGCCGCUGGAGAAGAUCAAACCCCUGAAGAAAUCCUCCCUGAAACACAAGCUCUCCGUGGGACGUCCCCACGACCCCUCCGCCUCCUUCACCCCCAAAGACAAACACAAGAUGACCAACUCCCUCCUCUCCACAGUCCGCCUGUCCCACCACAAGGUGCGUUCAGAGAAGCUACACAGGCAGCAGCUGGACAGCCUGCUAGGGUCCACCAAGCUGGAGGGCCGCCCCCACUACCGAGGGGAGCGGGGCCACGGGCCCUACGACAAGAGCCACACACGCAAGAGGCCCCGAGAACACUCACUGUCACUAGACAGGAUGGACAACACCCCUAAGCUGUACCUGGAUGGGGGCAGUCUGUGCCCGUCUCUAUCUGCUGGGCUCCACACCCCCGCCCACAGCUCCCUGCUCCGACAGCUGUCAGCCUCCUCAGAGACCUGCUCCAUGCCCUUCACCCCCUUCAACAGCAGCCUGAGGGACAACAGCACCCCGCACCAGCCCAUCCGCAGGAGGAGGGGAGAGAGCUCCUUUGACAUCAAUAACAUCGUCAUCCCCAUGUCUGUGGCUGCCACCACCCGCGUGGAGAAGCUUCAGUACAAAGAGAUCCUCACCCCCAGUUGGAAGGAGGUUGACAUUUGUUCUAAGCCAAUCGCUGAGGAGGCUGACAUUGAGGAGGUUGAGGACCUGACGGACACUGCAUUCUCCCAGCUGCACCAAUCCUGCGAGGACCAGGAGCGUUCCCGCUGGAGCUGGACGGCCAGCGCCAUCGCCAAGAGGAGAGGCAGCCGUUCAUAUGUCAGUGGCCGGUCGGACGGUCGCACCACUCCCCUUCUGGGCUGCAACAACCCCUCCUCCCCGGACACAGCCCACUUCCACGCCCUGCCGGACUACGGCAGCGCUGCCUCCCCCUGCUCCCCGGCCAGCCCCGACCUGCAGUCCUACCCUUACGCCCCAGGGUGUUACACAGCAGGAGGGUACUCCUACACCCCUAUAGGAUCCAGGGACUCCUACCGCCUGCUCUCCAACGAAGACACGCGCUGCUCCACGCCUGACGGAACCUACGAAGAACUGGUUCCCAUCCCAGUACACCCAUGGGACCGGAGGAGCUUCCCCCUGGAGAAGGACCCGCCGCCAGAGCCCGAGGAGCAGCCAGGGAACACAGAGGAGCGCCCCUACAGAACCAUGCGCCACAUCUCCGGCUGCAAGACAGGCUCGUCCAGAUCGGAGUCUGACACCGGGGGUUCCCCCUCGCCGCUUCCCCCUGACGACAGCAGCAAGCAGAAAGCCCCCUCCGCCUCCACCACUCUCACCAGACCCUCCCACCGAUGAAUGAAGGCUCUCCCCGCAUAAAGGACUCGUCACUUUUUUUUCUCUCACAAGACUCUAAACAAGAACCACAUCAACAAUGGAAUAAUGGACUCCUGUUGUUUGAUAUUCAAACAUCAGUCAAAUUCUUUCACAGUUUUUAGUGAACACAGACAGAGACCCCCAUCAGAAAUCAGUUUUGUUCUUUCUUUUCUUGGUCACCGAAAUGAACAAAUAUAUAAAAGUGAAUGGGGAGAAAAAGGAGAGAAAUUAGACUGAAAGCUGAAUUUGUGAUGAGCAGGACGUAGAGUCGCUUCCUGUUUCUGGGCCAAUGGGCUGAGCGCUAAGCAGCAACUCAGGCAGUGUGUGUACCUUUGUAGCGUUCUAUUCCCCACCACCCUAUGUCAGUGCAAAAUGGAGUGAGUACAACACAAAACAGCAAUGCCUUGUUGUCAUAGCUUGUUAUGUUGUCCCCUUGAAUCAACCUAAUAAAGAGCCCCAGAGAAUGGGAAAUGUUCCUUUAUGCACUUGUUUCCCAGAGCUGUAGUAGUAAUCAGUUUGCCAUUUUCCUUGAUGUCUUGUCUGCUUUCCUUUCCUCCCUGUCUGCAUUGGUAUAGUUGUUUUCUACAUAUAGGUUUAAUAAUAUAUUUCCUCUCAACCCCGUCACAUAGACUGAUGGCACACGUGGUUGUUGGGGCGGUGUAUGAAAUUAGCACAGCAAGUAAUACCACCCUCAAUAUGAGAUUACACAUACACUAGUUUGAAUAGAUCCUUCAAACAGCCAAGCCAAAAGUGAAGCAAAUAAAUAAUCAUUUGGAUAUGUUCACUAGUAUAACGGCAGAAAAAGACGCAUCACCUCUCUUACAUAGAAAUGGAGUUGAUUUCGGUGUCUUUGUUCAACUGUGCAUAUUGAAUUUCUGUCUUCAUUUUCGAUGUGGUGUGCGUGCUGUUAUUUCACGCUUUUCUGAUUUUUGGUUUGGAUAAUGUGCAAGAAAUCACUUAAAAGUGUGCAGUCGGGUUCCAAUUACAAAGAAAGUUCCUCUGUUUUUGAAUGUAGUAUUUUGACUUCAUCUUGGAUUCAAGGCCCUUCAUUAUUCGCUCCACUUUACAUUUCUGUACCCUAGCUAUUGACACGGGUUGCAGUAGUUCACAUCCGAUGCAAUGUUUCCAGCUUGUAAUGCAGAAUUGCCAUGCAAUUUCAUGUCACUCAGUAUAGUAAAAGAAAACAUGAGACAAAAAUAUGUAAAUGUACCUCAUUUGUCUCGGUCCUUUGUCCCUAUCUGUUUUUGGAAUUGCACAAGGCAGAUGUCAAUGUACCUGUUGGAUUGUCAAUGCAGUUCCACAAUUGGAUUAAAAUCACUCAAGCUCUUGAGUCUUAUUGGGGGUUCAAAUGUCAUGUUGGUUAAGUCAAAUGAUUUUCAUGUAACAGUGCAAAACAAAACUAAGUAUGGGUUGUGUUCAUUAGAGCAAACAAAAUGUUCUGAAAUGGUGGACAAGUCCAGGUAAAUCCUGCCCGUUAUAUUCCUUUGGUACCUACUGAACUCUGCCAUCAGUUCCCAGCACCCCCGCUUUGUCCCUCCCUGCAGAUGAAGUGGAGUAUUGUACAGAAAGCCUCUAAAGAGGCUUAUGUUUGAGUCACUACGUCAGAAGGUUGUGGCUAUCACCCACCCACCUGCUAUGUAGGGCUUUCAGUUGGAGUCCAUUUGAGCCUGGCCGUUUCUACUUGGUCACUUUGUGCGUCUGAUUCAUGCUCUGCCCCAGCAGUCAAACCCACAUGUUAGUUUGCUAAACCUACGAUUGCCCCAACCAAUGCCCUGCUCUUGUUCCAAUCACCGCUAAUAUGGAAUCAUGUCUUGAGUUGUUUGAGCCUCGCAAGUAAAAAAUUGUGCGGGGGAUCAUUCACAUCACUGUUCAGUUGAGCCUUUUUGUCUCUACCUUCCUUGAUUCUGCUGUCUCAUUUCGAGGAGGUAAUGUGAGGCCUUCCCUGGUGAAUAAUUCUCCCACAGGAGUCUGUCUUGUCCAGACCGACCGAAAGACAAACCGAACUCUUUCUAGGGACCAUCGAUGCCUAUCCCUUUCUUCUCACAGAAGUCCCGCCUAUCCACUACGGUUUUUUGUCUGUGAGUGGGGAUCGGAGGACCCACCAGGCAGAAACUGUUUCGAUGUACAAUAGGGUUUGACUAGCGUUGAAAAGCCGAUAUAUUGUCUGGGCUAUUUUCGUACUUAGAAUUUCCAACGUGAUGAAUGGGGGUGGGUGAGUCUGGUAUAUCCUUUAGCAUGUAAUAGUUUGUACAAAAAGAGUAUAUUUUGUAAAUAAUUAAACAGUGUUUGAUGUUCAGGCUGUAGCUGUCCUGAUUGUAUAGGGAGAAGCCACGACAAAUACACUAUAUUGAACACUUUCUUUAUGCAGAGGCAAAAAAAAAAGUUUAUGGAUUGACAAAUCCGACGGGCAGGCAGCGUGUUCUUCUCAAAAUAAAAGUGAAAUAUAUUGUA